UAUUGGUCUAGCUUUCUGGUAUCAUAUUUCAGGAUGACCAGUGGUACCAGAAUAUUUCGCAUAGAUGGGUAAUAAUUUUUUAUAUGGGGAAGAUGUCUGGAGCCCAAAAAUGGUCAUCUGAAAAUCCAAAAUGGCGGACCAAAAUUCAAGAUGGCGGCUGUUUUAUAGGACUUUAGCCUCUAAUACUAUGCAAUCUGGGUAUUUUUGAUAUGGGGAAGUUGUCUGCAGCACAACAAUGGUGAUCUGAAAAUCCAAGAUGGCGGACCAAAAUUCAAGAUGGCAUCUGUUUUAUGGGACUUAAGCCUCUAAUACCAUGCAAUAUGGGUAUUUUUGAUAUGGGGAAGUUGUCUGCAGCACAAAACUGGUGAUCUGAAAAUCCAAGAUGGCGGACCAAAAUUCAAGAUGGCGGCUGUUUUAUGGGACUUAAGCCUCUAAUACCAUGCAAUAUGGGUAUUUUUGAUAUGGGGAAGUUGUCUGCAGCACAAAAAUGGUGAUCUGAAAAUCCAAGAUGGCGGACCAAAAUUCAAGAUGGCGGCUGUUUUAUGGGACUUUAGCCUCUAAUACCAUGCAAUAUGGGUAUAUUUGGUAUGGGGAAGUUGUCUGCAGCACAAAAAUGGUGAUCUGAAAAUCCAAGAUGGCGGACCAAAAUUCAAGAUGGCGGCUGUUUUAUGGGACUUAAGCCUCUAAUACCAUGCAAUAUGGGUAUUUUUGAUAUGGGGAAGUUGUCUGCAGCACAAAACUGGUGAUCUGAAAAUCCAAGAUGGCGGACCAAAAUUCAAGAUGGCGGCUGUUUUAUGGGACUUUAGCCUCUAAUACCAUGCAAUAUGGGUACAGUAAAACCUCCAUGAGUCGAUAUUGAAGGGACCAUCGACUCAAGGAAAUAUCGAGUAGUGGAACAAAAAUCCUUUGGGAAGAUUUUUGAGGGGACCAUCAUAGUAACCAUGAAAUUAUUUUUCAGUAUGGAAAAAUUUACCUCCAUGAGUCGAUAUCGAGUCAAGGAACAUCGACUCAUGGAGGUUCGACUGUAUAUUUGAUAUGGGGAAAUUGUCUGGAGCCCAAAAAUGGUCAUCUGAAAAUACAAAAUGGCGGACCAAAAUUCAAGAUGACGGCUGUUUUAUAGGACUUUAGCCUCUAAUACUAUGCAAUCUGGGUAUUUUUGAUAUGAGGAAGUUGUCUGCAGCACAAAAAUGGUGAUCGGAAAAUCCAAGAUGGCGGACCAAAAUUCAAGAUGGCGGCUGUUUUAUGGGACUUAAGCCUCUAAUACCAUGCAAUAUGGGUAUUUUUGAUAUGGGGAAGUUGUCUGCAGCACAAAAAUGGUGAUCUGAAAAUCCAAGAUGGCGGACCAAAAAUCAAGAUGGCGGCUGUUUUAUGGGACUUAAGCCUCUAAUACCAUGCAAUAUGGGUAUUUUUGAUAUGGGGAAGUUGUCUGCAGCACAAAAAUGGUGAUCUGAAAAUCCAAGAUGGCGGACCAAAGUUCAAGAUGGCGGCUGUUUUAUGGGACUUUAGCCUCUAAUACCAUGCAAUUUGGGUAUAUUUGAUAUGGGGAAGUUGUCUGCAGCACAAAAAUGGUGAUCUGAAAAUCCAAGAUGGCGGACCAAAAUUCAAGAUGGCGGCUGUUUUAUGGGACUUAAGCCUCUAAUACCAUGCAAUAUGGGUAUAUUUGAUAUGGGGAAGUUGUCUGGAGCCCAAAAAUGGUCAUCUGAAAAUCCAAGAUGGCGGACCGAAAUUCAAGAUGGCGGCUGUUUUAUAGGACUUUAGCCUCUAAUACUAUGCAAUCUGGGUAUUUUUGAUAUGGGGAAGUUGUCUGCAGCACAAAAAUGGUGAUCUGAAAAUCCAAGAUGGCGGACCAAAAUUCAAGAUGGCGGCUGUUUUAUGGGACUUAAGCCUCUAAUACCAUGCAAUAUGGGUAUUUUUGAUAUGGGGAAGUUGUCUGCAGCACAAAAAUGGUGAUCUGAAAAUCCAAGAUGGCGGACCAAAAUUCAAGAUGGCGGCUGUUUUAUGGGACUUUAGCCUCUAAUACCAUGCAAUAUGGGUAUUUUUGAUAUGGGGAAGUUGUCUGCAGCACAAAAAUGGUGAUCUGAAAAUCCAAGAUGGCGGACCAAAAUUCAAGAUGGCGGCUGUUUUAUGGGACUUUAGCCUCUAAUACCAUGCAAUAUGGGUAUAUUUGAUAUAGGGAAGUUGUCUGCAGCACAAAAAUGGUGAUCUGAAAAUCCAAGAUGGCGGACCAAAAUUCAAGAUGGCGGCUGUUUUAUGGGACUUUAGCCUCUAAUACCAUGCAAUGUGGGUAUAUAUGAUAUGGGAAAGUUGUCUGGAGCCCAAAAAUGGUCAUCUGAAAAUCCAAGAUGGCGGACCAAAAUUCAAGAUGGCGGCUGUUUUAUGGGACUUUAGCCUCUAAUAAAAAAAAAGAAAUCUGGGUAUUUUUGAUAUGGGGAAGUUGUCUGGAGCCCAAAAAUGGUCAUCUUAAAAUCCAAGAUGGCGGACCAAAAUUCAAGAUGGCGGCUGUUUUAUGGUUCUUUUGUCUCUAAUACCAUGCAAUAUGGGUAUUUUUGAUAUGGGAAAGUUGUCUGGAGCCCAAAAAUGGUCAUCUGAAAAUCCAAGAUGGCGGACCAAAAUUCAAGAUGGCGGCUGUUUUAUGGUUCUUUAGCCUCUAAUACCAUGCAAUAUGGGUAUUUUUGAUAUGGGGAAGUUGUCUGGAGCCCAAAAAUUGUCAUCUGAAAAUCCAAGAUGGCGUACCAAAAUUCAAGAUAUAUAUCGUAUAUAUCGUUAUAAAAACGUUCUAGAAGUAUUUACUCCUGCAAUAUUUAUUGCCGUGAUAUUUUCAAAAUCUUCUGAACAUUGCUUCAUCUAGGACACUUCCACGAGUUCAAUUUUUUUACGAGAAGGGAUUCCUUGAGGUAUCCCAAAGCUCUUGGAGGAAUUCAAGGAUAAAUUGUUUGAUGAAUCUUAGAAAGAAUUCCUGUGGGAAUCUUGGAAUAAAUUUCUGGAGGAAUCUUGGAAUGAAUUCAUGGAGAAAUCCCGGAACGAAAUUCCUGGAGGUAUUCAGGAAGAAAUUCCUGCAGAAAUCCUGGAAGUCCCGAAAAAGUAUUACAGAAGAAAUUCUUGGUGAAGUUUCGGAAGGAAUCUCUGGAGAAAUCUCUGAAAGAGGCCCUGGAAUCUGAUUAGGAACCGCUGAAGAAACUCCUGGAAGAAUCCCUAAGGAAUCCCAGAAAGAAUCCCUGGAGAAAUCUCGGAACCAACACUUAGAAGAAUUUCGGAACUGAAAGAAACUUGAAACUUGAAGAAAUCCCUAAAGCAAGCGAGAGCGCGAAAUGUCUUUCCGCGUAUCCCACAAUUGGCUUCUUUAGCGGUGUUGAGAUAAUUCCAUAUUCUGAAUCUGCAUGCGAAACUGAGCCGAAAUCCAAAUUUUCAUGAAUUUUGGUGCCGGGGAACCUAUUUAAAAAUCAAUUUGAAGUUUGUAUGGGAGCGAUUUGUCGAAUCACCCCUCGUCGCAUUUUGUACUGGGUGAAGCUGUCAAACGGUUACCUAGCUGUCAAAAGGUGAUUUCGAAAAAUCUCUUUGAAAUCGAUUUUAGGUACCAAAAUAAAGUUCUAAAAAUCUGAAAAAAAUCAUAGUGGCUCAGAAAUAGGUGCUCUUUCGUAUAAAGUAAAAAAAUCGAUUCAUUUUUCUUAAUUUAAAAACCCAAUUCGGGUUCACUCAGAAACAAUUGAAUUUGUACAGCCUAUAGGACAAUACAAGCCGCGGUUGCUAAAGAAUCUUUUUUUUCUAAGUUUUUGAUGUUUUGUGACCUUUUUAUUUACGUUCGGACUUCAAGAGAUUUCUUCCAGAAUUUCUCAAGAAGUUCCCGGAAUCCUCCACGAAUUUCAUCCGAGAUUCUCGAAUAGUUUCGUUUAGGAUGUCUCUGGAUUUAUUUUUUUGGGCUUCCAGAUGAUAUUCCUGGAAAUUCUAGCAACUUCACCCAGAAUUUCUCUAAUAGUUCUUCCGGAAAUUGUAUCAGAAAUUCUUACCGAGACUCCUUUAAAAACUCCUUGCAACAAUCCAUAAGGAUUUAUUCCUGGAAUUUCAUACGAGAUUCUUCCCGGAGUAUCUUCUGGAAAUUCUUCAGGAAUUUCUUCUGAAACCCUUCCAGAAAUUCUACAAGAGUGGAUCCGAAUGACAAUAGUUAAAAGAUCCACUUUAAUAAAUAAUAAAUAAAAAAAAUUAAAAAAAUCAUACAAGAUCCCUGACAAGAACUUCAUUCAGUAUUCCCCUAAAAGCUUCUCCGACAUCCCUACAGGAACUUCUUCCGGUUUUUUUUCGGGAGCUACUUCUGAUUCAAGUAUUCCUUCAGGGAUUCCUACAAUAAUUUCACCAGGUUAUCUUUCUGGGAUUUUCCAGGAUUCUUUCGGAAAUUCCUUCCGGGAAUUUCAUCUUGGUGACUGUCAGGAACUUCUUCCGGGAUUCCUCUUAGAGCUUCUUCUAGGAAUUCUUUCAGAAACUGAUUCCGGGAUUUCUUCGAGAACUUUUUCCAGGAAUCAUCUAGGAACUCUUUUUUGGUUUCUACCAAGAGCUCCGUCAGGAAUUCCUGCAGACCCUUCUAGAAUUCUUUCAGAUGUUUGUAAUGGAAAUCCUCCUGGAGUUCAUUAUGAUUUUAUAGGAGUAUUUUGUUUUUGGAAUUCCUCAUGUAGUUUCUGUAGGAUUUCUUGAAUUAACACAGGAAAAAGCAACUUAGUUAUAGCUCCCUCCUAAAGGAAUGCUAGAAUAAGUUGGUGGAGAAACCACGAAAGAAAUACCUGGAAGAGUUUCAGGAAAAAAUACUAAGGUAAUUCUAAAAGUAGUAAUGCUGAAGGAAUCUCGAUAUUAAUUUCUACAGAAAUCCAGAAAUCUCUGGAAGAAUCUCGGGGAACAUCCUGGAACAAUCCUGGCAAGAGCUUUUGACGGAAUCCCAGGCGGAACCUCUCAGAAAAGAAAUCCUGGGCAAACCCCAGAGGAAACUUCUGAAGGAAUCUUAAAUAAACUUCCGAAAUAAUUUCAUUAAGAGCUUACGGAACGGAGCUUACCCCGAACAGAAGACAAUAACUACAGCAUAACCAAAUAUAUUAUUUUGGCAAAAUAACUGAGAAACGAAAAGAGAUAUUUUUGUGUUAUUAACAUAACAUAUUAUGUUAUAAACUUGUCUGUCAUAAGCGGCAAAAUAACAAAAAUCAUAACAAAAAAAUGUUCCUGGAAGACCAAUUGAAUAACACGUUUUGUUUGUUUCAAUAACAACUUAAUAAUAGUGAAUUUGUAAAAUAUUUCAAUAACACAUUUUGAAAUUAACAAGUUAUUGAUAACAAUUUUAAAGCAAAAUGAGUUAUAAGAUCCUAUAAGGUUAAGGGGGGGUUGGGACAAUGUGACAAGCAAUGUGUUAAGUAUAGGAAAACCUCGUAAGAAGUGGGGAGGGGGUCGAUAAUCCCCAAUUUUAGCGUGAAGUACCUACUUAACUUACUCUUCGAUAUAACGUACCCUCGAUAUAGCGUACCCUCGAUAUGGCGAAUUCGAUAUAACGUACAUUUUGCUUCGAUAUAACGUACAACAUUGAAAAAAUUUUUAUUUUCCCACAAAUAACCCUUAGAUAAAUUACGAAAUCAUCCAAAUCAAUGUUUUGUUGCAGCAUUAGCCUUGUGACCCAGAAUUAGCGCAAUUUAAGGAAAAAAAUAGUGUACGUUAUAUCGAAGCAAAAUGUACGUUAUAUCGAAGCACAAAAAACGAAAUGACUUUUUCGUCAAAACUCAAGUUUUUCAUUAUUGGUUUUGUGAAUUUCACCGAAAUCAUUAUUUUGGAAUAAUUUCACGUCGAAUACAUCAAUAGUAGCAUAAAAAAUAUUAAACUUUUCUCUGCUUCGAUAUAACGUACACUUCGAUAUAACGUACAAAGAGAAAACUUUUUUGUACGUUAUAUCGAAGAGUACCUGUAUCGAGGGUACGUACUAUCGAGGUACGCCUGUAGUGCAUAUAUUGCAUGAUUUUAGAAGCUAAAAUCCUAUAAAACAGCCGCCAUCUUGAGUUUUGGUCCGCCAUCUUGGAUUUUCAGAUGACUAUUUUUGGGCUCCAGACAACUUUCCCAUAUCAAAAAUAUCCAUAUUGCAUGGUAUUAGCGGCUAAAGACCCAUAAAACAGCCGCCAUCUUGAAUUUUGGUCCGCCAUCUUGGAUUUUUAAAUCACCAUUUUUGGGCUCCAGACAACUUCCCCAUAUAAAAAUACCCAUAUUGCAUGGUAUUAGAGGCUUAAGUCACAUAAAACAGCCGCCAUCUUGAAUUUUGGUCCGCCAUCUUGGAUUUUCAGAUGACCAUUUUUGGGCUCCAGACAACUUCCCCAUAUCAACAAUACGCUAUUGACUGCUAUAAGAGGCAAAAAUCCCAUGAAACAGCCGCCAUCUUGGAUUUUCAGAUGACCAUUUUUGGGCUCUAAACAACUUUCCCAUAUCAAAACUACCCAUAUUGCAUGGUGUUAGAGGCUUAAAUCCCAUAAAACAGCCGCCAUCUUGAAUUUUGGUCCGCCAUUUUGGAUUUUCAUAUGACCAUUUUUGGGCUCCAGACAACUUUCCCAUAUCAAAUAUACCCAAUUUGCAUGGUAUUAGAGGCUAAAGUCCUAUAAAACAGCCGUCAUCUUGAAUUUUGGUCCGCCAUCUUGGAUUUUCAGACGACCAUUUUUGGGCUCCAGAUAACUUCCCCAUAUCAAAAAUACCCAUAUUGCAUGGUAUUAGAGGCUAAAGUCCUAUAAAACAGCCGCCAUCUUGAAUUUUGGUCCGCCAUCUUGGAUUUUCAGACGACCAUUUUUGGGCUCCAGAUAACUUCCCCAUAUCAAAAAUACCCAUAUUGCAUGGUAUUGGAGGCUAAAGUCCCAUAAAACAGCCGCCAUCUUGAAUUUUGGUCCGCCAUCUUGGAUUUUCAGAUGACCAUUUUUGGGCUCCAGACAACUUCCCCAUAUCAAAAAUACCCAUACUGCAUGGUAUUAGAGGCUAAAGAACCAUAAAACAGCCGCCAUCUUGAAUUUUGGUCCACCAUCUUGGAUUUUCAGAUGACCAUUUUAGGGCUCCAGACAACUUCCCCAUAUCAAAAAUACCCAUAUUGCAUGGUAUUAGAGGCUAAAGUCCUAUAAAACAGCCGCCAUCUUGAAUUUUGGUCCGCCAUCUUGGAUUUUCAGAUGACCAUUUUUGGGCUCCAGACAACUUCCCCAUAUCAAAUAUACCCAAAUUGCAUGGUAUUAGAGGCUAAAGUCCUAUAAAACAGCCGCCAUCUUGAAUUUUGGUCCGCCAUCUUAGAUUUUCAGAUGACCAUUUUUGGGCUCCAGACAACCUUCCCAUAUCAAAUAUACCCAAUUUGCAUGGUAUUAGAGGCUAAAGUCCUAUAAAACAGCCGUCAUCUUGAAUUUUGGUCCGCCAUCUUGGAUUUUCAGACGACCAUUUUUGGGCUCCAGAUAACUUCCCCAUAUCAAAAAUACCCAUAUUGCAUGGUAUUAGAGGCUAAAGUCCCAUAAAACAGCCGCCAUCUUGAAUUUUGGUCCACCAUCUUGGAUUUUCAGAUGACCAUUUUAGGGCUCCAGACAACUUCCCCAUAUCAAAAAUACCCAUAUUGCAUGGUAUUAGAGGCUAAAGUCCUAUAAAACAGCCGCCAUCUUGAAUUUUGGUCCGCCAUCUUGGAUUUUCAGAUGACCAUUUUUGGGCUCCAGACAACUUCCCCAUAUCAAAUAUACCCAAAUUGCAUGGUAUUAGAGGCUAAAGUCCUAUAAAACAGCCACCAUCUUGAAUUUUGGUCCGCCAUCUUAGAUUUUCAGAUGACCAUUUUAGGGCUCCAGACAACUUCCCCAUAUCAAAAAUACCCAUAUUGCAUGGUAUUAGAGGCUAAAGAACCAUAAAACAGCAGUCAUCUUGAAUUUUGGUCCACCAUCUUGGAUUUUCAGAUGACCAUUUUUGGGCUCCAGACAACUUCCCCAUAUCAAAAAUACCCAUAUUGCAUGGUAUUAGAGGCUAAAGUCCUAUAAAACAGCCGCCAUCUUGAAUUUUGGUCCGCCAUCUUGGAUUUUCAGAUGACCAUUUUUGGGCUCCAGACAACUUCCCCAUAUCAAAAAUACCCAUAUUGCAUGGUAUUAGAGGCUAAAGAACCAUAAAACAGCCGUCAUCUUGAAUUUUGGUCCACCAUCUUGGAUUUUCAGAUGACCAUUUUUGGGCUCCAGACAACUUCCCCAUAUCAAAAAUACCCAUAUUGCAUGGUAUUAGAGGCUAAAGUCCUAUAAAACAGCCGCCAUCUUGAAUUUUGGUCCGCCAUCUUGGAUUUUCAGAUCACCAUUUUUGUGCUGCAGACAACUUCCCCAUAUCUAGACGUGUGCGCCGCCGCGCCGCGCCGCGCCGAUGGGAAAUCGGCGUGAAUCGGCGUGCGGCUUCCCAAGUCAACAAGAAUCAAGUAUACUAUAUUUUUUAAACGGGGAUUGGUAAAGGGGUGUUAUACCUAUGCACUGGUGAAAAAAGCUUAUAGUUAUGUUGUUUGAAGCCGAUCCAGGAUGCAUCGGCGUGUCGGCGUGGCAAUCGGCGGCGGCGGCGGCGUGAAAACCGCACGCCGAUCGGCGUAUCCCUUCUCAGAAAGGCUACCAUCAUCAAAACAUGAAAAUUUCUGCAGCACCACAUAGCUAGAUGUCCACUUGUUGUAAUCCAAUCAUUAGAAAGUAGUUAACUUUGUUCAUAAUUGUUUAAGAAGUUCCACGGCGACGCACGCCGAGUUCACGCCGAAUAUUCGGCGCACACGUCUACCCAUAUCAAAUAUACCCAAAUUGCAUGGUAUUAGAGGCUAAAGUCCUAUAAAACAGCCGCCAUCUUGAAUUUUGGUCCGCCAUCUUGGAUUUUCAGAUGACCAUUUUUGGGCUCCAGGCAACUUCCCCUUAUCAAAAAUACCCAUAUUGCAUGGUAUUAGAGGCUAAAGUCCCAUAAAACAGCCGCCAUCUUGAAUUUUGGUCCGCCAUCUUGGAUUUUCAGAUCACCAUUUUUGUGCUGCAGGCAACUUCCCGAUAUCAAAUAUACCCAUAUUGCAUGGUAUUAGAGGCUUAAGUCCUAUAAAACAGCCGCCAUCUUGAAUUUUGGUCCGCCAUCUUGGAUUUUAAGAUGACCAUUUUUGGGCUCCAGACAACUUCCCCAUAUCAAAAAUACCCAAAUUGCAUGGUAUUAGAGGCUAAAGUCCCAUAAAACAGCCGCCAUCUUGAAUUUUGGUCCGCCAUCUUGGAUUUUCAGAUGACCAUUUUUGGGCUCCAGAGAACUUCCCCAUAUCAAAAAUACCCAUAUUGCAUGAUAUUAGAGGUUAAAGUCCCAUAAAACAGCCGCCAUCUUGAAUUUUGGUCCGCCAUCUUGGAUUUUCAGAUCACCAUUUUUGUGCUGCAGGCAACUUCCCCAUAUCAAAUAUACCCAUAUUGCAUGGUAUUAGAGGCUUAAGUCCUGUAAAACAGCCGCUAUCUUGAAUUUUGGUCCGCAAUCUUGGAUUUUAAGAUGACCAUUUUUGGGCUCCAGACAACUUCCCCAUAUCAAAAAUACCCAAAUUGCAUGGUAUUAGAGGCUAAAGUCCCAUAAAACAGCCGCCAUCUUGAAUUUUGGUCCGCCAUCUUGGAUUUUCAGAUGACCAUUUUUGGGCUUCAGACAACUUCCCCAUAUCAAAAAUACCCAUAUUGCAUGGUAUUAGAGGCUAAAGAACCAUAAAACAGCCGCCAUCUUGAAUUUUGGUCCGCCAUCUUGGAUUUUCAGAUGACCAUUUUUGGGCUCCAGACAACUUCCCCAUAUCAAAAAUACCCAAUUUGCAUGGUAUUAGAGGCUAAAGUCCUAUAAAACAGCCGUCAUCUUGAAUUUUGGUCCGCCAUCUUGGAUUUUCAGACGACCAUUUUUGGGCUCCAGAUACCUUCCCCAUAUCAAAAAUACCCAUAUUGCAUGGUCCUCCUCUCCUCUUCUUUGCGUAACGUCCUCACUGGGACAAAGCCUGCUUCUCAGCUUAGUGUUCUAUGAGCACUUCCACAGUUAUUAACUGAGAGCUUCCUCUGCCAAUGACCAUUUUGCAUGUGUAUAUCGUGUGGCAGGCACGAAGAUACUCUAUGCCCAAGGAAGUCAAGUAAAUUUCCUUUACGAAAAGAUCCUGGACCGACCGGGAAUCGAACCCGUCACCCUCAGCAUGGUCAUGCUGAAUACCCGUGCGUUUACCGCCUCGGCUAUAUGGGCCCUAUAUUGCAUGGUAUUAGAGGCUAAAGUCCCAUAAAACAGCCGCCAUCUUGAAUUUUGGUCCGCCAUCUUGGAUUUUCAGAUGACCAGUUUUGGGCUCCAGACAACUUCCCCAUAUCAAAAAUACCCAUAUUGCAUGGUAUUAGAGGCUAAAGAACCAUAAAACAGCCGCCAUCUUGAAUUUUGGUCCACCAUCUUGGAUUUUCAGAUGACCAUUUUUGGGCUCCAGACAACUUCCCCAUAUCAAAAAUACCCAUAUUGCAUGGUAUUAGAGGCUAAAGUCCUAAAAAACAGCCGCCAUCUUGAAUUUUGGUCCGCCAUCUUGGAUUUUCAGAUGACCAUUUUUGGGCUCCAGACAACUUCCCCAUAUCAAAUAUACCCAAAUUGCAUGGUAUUAGAGGCUAAAGUCCUAUAAAACAGCCGCCAUCUUGAAUUUUGGUCAGCCAUCUUAGAUUUUCAGAUGACCAUUUUUGGGCUCCAGACAACUUCCCCAUAUCAAAAAUACCCAUAUUGCAUGGUAUUAGAGGCUAAAGUCCUAUAAAACAGCCGCCAUCUUGAAUUUUGGUCCGCCAUCUUAGAUUUUCAGAUGACCAUUUUUGGGCUCAAGACAACUUCCCCAUAUCAAAAAUACCCAUAUUGCAUGGUAUUAGAGGCUAAAGAACCAUAAAACAGCCGUCAUCUUGAAUUUUGGUCCACCAUCUUGGAUUUUCAGAUGACCAUUUUUGGGCUCCAGACAACUUCCCCAUAUCAAAAAUACCCAUAUUGCAUGGUAUUAGAGGCUAAAGUCCUAUAAAACAGCCGCCAUCUUGAAUUUUGGUCCGCCAACUUGGAUUUUCAGAUGACCAUUUUUGGGCUCCAGACAACUUCCCCAUAUCAAAAAUACCCAUAUUGCAUGGUAUUAGAGGCUAAAGAACCAUAAAACAGCCGUCAUCUUGAAUUUUGGUCCACCAUCUUGGAUUUUCAGAUGACCAUUUUUGGGCUCCAGACAACUUCCCCAUAUCAAAAAUACCCAUAUUGCAUGGUAUUAGAGGCUAAAGUCCUAUAAAACAGCCGCCAUCUUGAAUUUUGGUCCGCCAUCUUGGAUUUUCAGAUGACCAUUUUUGGGCUCCAGACAACUUCCCCAUAUCAAAUAUUCCCAAAUUGCAUGGUAUUAGAGGCUAAAGUCCUAUAAAACAGCCGCCAUCUUGAAUUUUGGUCCGCCAUCUUGGAUUUUCAGAUGACCAUUUUUGGGCUCCAGGCAACUUCCCCUUAUCAAAAAUACCCAUAUUGCAUGGUAUUAGAGGCUAAAGUCCUAUAAAACAGCCGCCAUCUUGAAUUUUGGUCCGCCAUCGAUCGAUUUUCAGAUGACCAUUUGUGGGCUCCAGACAACUUCCCCAUAUCAAAAAUACCCAUAUUGCAUGGUAUUAGAGGCUAAAGUCCUAUAAAACAGCCGCCAUCUUGAAUUUUGGUCCGCCAUCUUGGAUUUUAAGAUAACCAUUUUUGGGCUCCAGACAACUUCCCCAUAUCAAAAAUACCCACAUUGCAUGGUAUUAGAGGCUAAAGAACCAUAAAACAGCCGCCAUCUUGAAUUUUGGUCCGCCAUCUUGGAUUUUCAGAUGACCAUUUUUGGGCUCCAGGCAACUUCCCCUUAUCAAAAAUACCCAUAUUGCAUGGUAUUAGAGGCUAAAGUCCUAUAAAACAGCCGCCAUCUUGAAUUUUGGUCCGCCAUCUUGGAUUUUCAGAUGACCAUUUUUGGGCUCCAGACAACUUCCCCAUAUCAAAAAUACCCAUAUUGCAUGGUAUUAGAGGCUAAAGUCCUAUAAAACAGCCGCCAUCUUGAAUUUUGGUCCGCCAUCUUGGAUUUUCAGAUGACCAUUUUUGGGCUCCAGACAACUUCCCCAUAUCAAAUAUACCCAAAUUGCAUGGUUUUAGAGGCAUACCCUAAACAGAACGCUGCCAUCUUGACUCUUCUUUUUCGGCAUCACUGCUCAAAAUUCUCUAGCCCCGUAUUGAACCGUAAACCCGUGUGCCGAGAAAACCUGGUUCAGUAUUAAGAUUUUGAACCGAAACCGCGGUUGAGAUUUCGUUUACCAAAACCAAAACUCAUUUACACGAGUGAAUGGUAAACCAACGAGCAGUUGUGUUUUGGAAACCAAACUCUGGUUGAGGUUGAGAUUUCGUUUACCGGUAAACGAAAACCUCAACCAAAACCGGUGUGCACGACUCGUCAACACGUGUUGAGUAUUGGUAUACAAAACCGUCACACGGGCGCACCGGUUCGGUUUUUUUCCCCAUGUCUGAGCAUUAAGCUGCUAGUACACAGGGUCAAAUAUUUGUCCAAAAAGAAACCAAUGCUCAAACAUCUUGUUUGACUCGAUCGAAUUUUCAUUAGUGUCAAACUGAUGUUGUUUCUUGAGUUCUUUCCUUGUCAAAUAUUUGACCCUGUGUACUACUGGCCUUAGAAAGAACAAAAAUGAAGGAGCUAACAAAGAAAAUCUUUGAAACAAUGAUCGAGUCGGAGUACGAAGAGGACAGCGAUUCCGACUGGGACAGCGACGACAGCUCCUUGACACCUUCAGUCUUUUACGGUUUUAGCGAUGAGGAGAGCUUGUUCGUUGGCACAGGAGAAAACGAGGAGUUUUAGCGUAAAACCUAAAAUGGUUUUACAUUCACAUUUAUUAGAUAAUGUGGAUUAAGGUAAGUUAUUCUGAUUUUAACUUUACACGCAGAAAAAUAAAUUGUAAACACAAUUAAAUUCUAGUUCAAAUCAACCGAUUUUUCAGUUUACUAUAGCGACAAACUGAUUUCUAGUUUAAACUGAACUGUCCUAUUUUUUGAUAAUACAAAUAUUUUCGUUUGUCGAAAUUGUUGACAGUUUGUUAAAACAGAGAUUUGGUAUUUUAAACAUGAAAUAAUAGAUUGAUUCAAACGACUGCACUUUUGCCACUAACAAACCCGGAAUGUUAUUGUGUUGGUGACGGCAGCAGCUGCGGUAGCUCGGAAAUCUAUUUUUAGACCGUCGGUAAGCGGAUGGGGAGGAGAACGACUAAUGUCGAAUUCGUUUAUUCCCGACGGUGCACUGCACCGGUGUAGCAAUUGACACCGGAAAAACGAACGGUUUCGGUGCAAUUCGUUGACAGCUUAUGAUGGUAUUAGUAAGAGCGCGGGAGAGCGUCAAUGAAAACAAUAAAGGAUAUCAAAAAUAAACAUAAUCAAUGUUUUCAUGAUUUUCGUGAUGAAUAAAAUUAUUUUUUAUUUUUUUACUUUCUAUAUCCAAUUAAACAAUUUUAAAAGUUUUCAGUAAUCCACUAGUACUACAUGAUGAACUUGUAAUAAUAAAUGUUACUUGAAAAUUGUUAUCCAAUGUUUUAACACUCCUACAUUAUUUAUCUUCUUCAAAUUCUCGUAAUAUCAUAAUUUUUCAAUUAAAAACAACUUUUUAGAAUUUAACAAUUUCCGUUGCCUAAUAAAAAAGGAUGCUAACAUACUGUUGUGUAUGAGAUCAUUCCAUUUAUACCAGUUCUUUUGUAACAGUGUAUUUUUAAGUCUUGAGAAAAUAGAACAGUCAGUUCGUCAUGCUGGGCAAACGCCUCCAGCAGAGAAUUUAUCGUUCAUUAGAAAAAUCGCGGAUAUAAUAAAUGUAAUAUCGGUUAAAGUAAAUCGCGUCGUAUUAUUCCUCCCGGGAAACUCCCACAUACACGACAAAUUUGGUGUCAGAAGUGGGAUCGUCGGAUUCUCGCCGCGGACGGAAAUCGAAGUUUCGCGUCCGUCGAAAUCGCGUUCGUCUUCCCGAAUUUCAAAAUGGCGCACGAAAAUAGUGAACUGCUGGGACAGCUCUCAGCAAUGAUUGCGGAGGCACUCAGGACGUCCAUUGGAAGUGCCAUCCAGCAAGUGCAAACCUCCCAAAAUGCAGCCGGGGGAGCUGUUACCGCCGCACCGAAAAUUCCCGUUUUCUCGAUGUCCGAGUACCGCCUAACUGAAGGAACCUCCGUCGCCGAUUAUUUCAAUCGGUUCAAAUGGGCCUUGGAACUGAGCCAGAUACCCCAGGCUCAGUACGGAAACUACGCCAGAGUUCACAUGGGUGCGGAGCUGAACAACGCUCUGAAGUUUUUGGUGAGCCCUCAAGAUCCGGCAACGAUAGAUUUCGAUGACCUGCAAACUACCCUGAUCGAUCACUUCGACCGGAAGAAAAACAAAUACGUUGAGAGCAUCAAAUUCAGACAGAUCGUUCAACAGAAAGGUGAAUCGGUUGCUCAAUUUGUUCUUCGUUUGAGACAGGGUGCUGCAGGUUGUGAAUAUGAAGACUUCCUCGACCGAAUGUUGACCGAACAACUCCUGCAUGGCCUGGAAGCUUGUGAUAUGUGCGAUGAGAUCAUAGCAAAGAAGCCAGCAACUUUCCAGGAAGCGUAUGAGAUCGCCUACACUCUCGAAGCGACCCGCAACACGGCGCGGGAGGUUAAUACAGGUGCGCCGUCCCUAAUAGCCGAGGAGACCAACAAGCUGGGGUAUGAAAGCACGAAGACAAGGAAGAAGUCAAUCUUCAAUCAACGAAGCAACAACCAAGAAACCGGGGCCUGCAAAGGAUGCGGAGGCCAACAUCUACGAAGCCAGUGCCGUUUUCGUGAUGUGAGAUGCCACAACUGCAACAUCAAGGGCCACAUUGCGAAAGUAUGCCGAUCGAGGAGAGCAUCUGGUCAAGACACAUCGGCAGACCAGGUGGAAUCACAGGAGUUGCCACCAUCGGAAAUCGACGUCGUACAGUCGCUGAGCCAAGUUCACGAUAUAGCGUCCACCGGUAAGAAAAUGAUUGAUGUCGAAAUUGACGGUCAUGGCCUACGCAUGGAGCUGGAUACCGGAGCACCCUGCGGUAUUAUCGCUGAAUCCAAACUGAGAGGCAUCAAACCAAAGUACUCGCUGCUAAGAACGGACAGGAAAUUUUCAAGCUACACCGGACACCCUAUCAAUUGCCUAGGACGCCUUCCUGUGAACGUAACCGUCGGAACGACAAACCGCCGGUUGAAUCUAUACGUGGUAGCCGGAGAGUCAGAUUCACUCUUUGGUCGUGAGUGGAUUUCCCAAUUCGUGGAGCAAAUCAACCUGAAUCGGCUGUUUUCCGAGCCGAUCAAUUUAAUUAACAGCUCGGAACUGACAGCGGACCAAACUACCCGCCUUUCGAGCCUGUUAGACGGCUUUGCAGAUGUGUUCAGCGAUGUUCCAGGUAAGUUAGUGGGACCUCCUGCCAAGGUCCAUCUGAAAUCCGACGUAUCUCCUGUGUUCGUCAAAGCCCGGGAUGUGCCACACGCUCUACGUGAGCGAUAUGCAGCUGAGAUAGACAAGAAACUGGCAUCUGGAUUCUUCGAGAAGGUGGAUUACUCCAAGUGGUCAUCCCAGACUCACAUCGUAGUGAAGAAAAAUGGAGACUUGCGAAUCACCGGAAACUACAAACCCACUGUCAACCCGAGAAUGAUAGUGGACGAGCAUCCCAUACCAAAAAUCGAAACUAUUUUCAACAAGAUGAACGGAGCUACAGUUUUCUGCCAUCUCGACGUAACCGACGCCUAUACCCAUCUGCCAAUCGAUGAGGAGUUCAGCCACAUACUGACGCUGAACACAGCGACGCACGGACUAAUUCGUCCAACUCGUGCAGUAUAUGGAGCGGCAAACAUUCCAGCAAUCUGGCAGCGGCGUAUGGAGUCGAUUCUCCAAGGGUUGGACAACGUUGUCGUCAGCUUCUACGAUGAUAUCAUCGUGUUCGCAAAAGAUUUCGUCAGCCUUCUCCAAGCGCUAACGGUCACACUGGACAGGCUGAGACUUCACGGACUGCGACUAAACCGAUCGAAAUGCGUGUUCGCCGCGUCAUCCCUGGAUUGCUUGGGUCACAAGAUAGAUCGCCACGGAUUGCACAAAUCAGAUAAGCACGUAGAAGCCAUCCGAGAUGCACCUCGACCAACGACACCGGAGGAACUGCAACUUUUCUUAGGUAAGGCAACUUAUUACAAUGCUUUCAUUCCGAACCUCUCUGAAAGGGCAAGAAGCCUACGCGACAUGCUUCUUGCUGACGCAUUCGAAUGGACACCCCAGGCCUCCAAGGCCUACCUGGACUUGAAGGAAGUAUUGACGUCACCCCAGGUACUGAUGCAAUAUGAUCCGUCUCUACCGCUGGUCCUAGCAACGGAUGCGAGCAAAACGGGUCUAGGUGCCGUAUUAUCACACCGGUUGAGUAACGGGUUGGAGCGACCAAUUGCAUAUGCCAGCACAACCAUGUCAAGUACGGAACAACGUUACCCCCAAAUAGACAAGGAAGCACUCGCGAUAGUGUGGGCGGUAAAGAAAUUCUUCCACUACUUGUAUGCCAGGAAGUUUACGCUGAUCACAGAUCACAAGCCGCUGUCACAGAUCCUGCACCCAGAGAAGUCACUUCCGGCAUUGUGUAUUAGUCGGAUGGCAAAUUAUGCGGAUUACCUGGCGCAUUUUGACUUCGAUAUAGUGUACAAGCCGACAAAGCAACAUACGAACGCCGAUUAUUGUUCCCGUAUACCGACCAGAGAGACAUCCGGAAUCAACUCCCUGAAAGCGCAGGAAGGAGGAAAUGUGGAUGAUUUCGAAGGUUUUGCUCUACAUCAAAUUCAGCAGCUUCCUGUACGAGCAGAACACAUUGCCCGAGAAACGCGCAAAGAUGGUCACCUUGGAAAACUCGUUCAACUUCUAGAAACAGGUCGCGAUCUCUCCCAAUGCGGCUAUAAAUCCCCGGAAGACAAAUACACCCUAGCAGCAAAUUGUCUUCACUUCGAGCACAGAGUAGUAAUUCCGCUUUCGCUUAGGCAGCCGAUAUUGAACGACCUGCAUGUUGCACAUCUGGGAGUGGUAAAAAUGAAGAGUCUGGCUCGAUCCUUCGUAUAUUGGCCAGGCAUCGAUUCCGACAUCGAACGGGCAGUGAGAUCAUGUAGCGAGUGCGCACGACAUGCACCCGCGCCGCCAACGUUCAGCAGACACCAUUGGGAGUACCCAAAAGGACCGUGGGAGCGUAUUCAUAUUGAUUACGCGGGCCCAGUGGCGGACACGAUGCUGCUGAUAAUCGUCGAUGCUUACAGCAAGUGGGUAGAAGUCAAGGUCACUUCGUCAACAACGACAGCCGCUACGAUCACUAUCCUCGAUGAACUUUUUGCUGCUUACGGUGCACCUACGACGCUGGUAUCGGACAACGGUCCACAGUUUACCGCUUCCGAGUUCAAGCAGUUCCUUCAGAUGAGCGGCGUUAAAUUCCUCAAGCUUUCUGCUCCCUACCAUCCGGCCACCAACGGCCAGGCUGAGCGGUACGUUCGAACGGUGAAACAAGCUCUCAAAUCCAUGGGCAUCACGAAAAAUACGCUGAAAGCCGAUAUCAACGAGUUUCUUCGCCAGUACCGAAAAGCUACUCAUUCGGAAACCGCUGAAUCCCCAGCAAAGCUUUUCCUUGGGCGCAACAUCCGGACGCGGCUGGACUUGGUGAGACCAUUGGACGCAAGCAAGAGAAUCACGGAGAAGCAAAAAUCAAAUUUCGACUCGACGUUCCGGUGCUUCAAUCCAGGACAGAAUGUAUACUUUCUUUCAGGAAAUGGACGCAUGGAUAAGUGGAUUCCCGGUACGGUUACCGAACAGCUGGGAGAUUUGCACUACAGAAUCGAUUACAACGGAAAACUCGUAAAACGUCACGUAGACCAAAUUCAACGUUUACUCGGCGACGACCAAAACAACAAACCACCCACACCGUCGGUAUGGUCGGCGCCGUCGGCGUCGGCACCGCUCGUUUCUCAAAAUGGAUCAACGUCAGAUGAACAAAAAGGUAUGCUGAGUCGACGGGUGCGUUACUAUGAGGAUGCGAUGACGUCACAAAAUCAACCGCCAGACGCUGCUGACCGAAAUGAAUUUUCAGUUGCGUCAGGAUCGCCGGAGGCACACUUUUCAACACCGUGUGGCACUCCGGAACAUCCAAGGGAGAAGCCCAACCAACAAAGAGACCAGCCAGCACUGCGACGUUCGGAAAGACAACGUCGUCCGCCUUUAAAGUUUUCUCCAUAGAGGGGAAGAAAUGUUGUGUAUGAGAUCAUUCCAUUUAUACCAGUUCUUUUGUAACAGUGUAUUUUUAAGUCUUGAGAAAAUAGAACCACAGACAAACAGACGUCUCACUCUACUCACUUCUCAUCGUUUCCCUUUUUAACGGAUUAUUUAAAUAUUCCGUAGUUCGCAAAUCGCUCGCUCAUGGCGCUCACAUCGCUUUUGCUCCUGUUUGACGUUUGCUCACUACCGCCAUCUACUCAGUGGGUUUGCGUACCACAGCAUAAUUAGCAUUGGGCGAUUGGGUUUGCGUGACGAUGGUUUUUAUCGCAUUUUGUUCCAAGUGAUACGUCUGUUUGUCUGUGAUAGAACAGUCAGUUCGUCAUGCUGGGUAAACGCCUCCAGCAGAGAAUUUAUCGUUCAUUAGAAAAAUCGCGGAUAUAAUAAAUGUAAUAUCGGUUAAAGUAAAUCGCGUCGUAUUAUUCCUCCCGGGAAACUCCCACAUACACGACACAUACAAUUGUAAACGAUCUACGUGCCCAAAUUUAACAAAAAAUGUUAAAGGCAGUUCAAUAGAAAACGUUUAGCUACAACCUAAAAAGAAAAAUUAAUAAAUGCUUUUCAAAACAUAACGUUAUUGAAAAGCAACUCAUAUUAAAAACGCUUUAACCAUCCUUCAGUGACAUUUGUUUGACUUUCAAUGUAAUUCAAAAAUCCAAUAUUUGUUGUCAGAAAAAAAUAGAAUUUACGGUUUUUGAAACUGUUUGUACCUACAAAAUGUUACUUCAGUAAUAUUUCAGUCCAAUUUGAAUGAAUAGAUUUUUAUUCUAUUCUGGGCUUAUCAAAACUUUAUUACGUCAAUUUUUUUCAUAAUAUAGAGCACCAUGCGACAGAAAAUUCUAAUGAUUAAAAUCAUUAAAAGUAAUCCACAUAUUUGCGAUAACCCAAAAAAAUAGUAAUGGGGAAAAUAUACGUUGAAUCAACACUUCGAAAUUUCAUGUUACCGAUAAAUUUUGAAGAUUCCUCAGAAGUUGAUUGAAAGACGUGAUAAUCAUCGAUCAAGUUUAAAUAAUUUUUAAACGCACAGAUUUGCCGUUAAAUGAAUAUCCAAGAAAACUGUUUACCUAAUGCGCAAGAGAAAAUCAUCAUUCCUACCAAAACAAAACCACGAUACAAGUUCAGCGAUAUGCAUGUAUUGGUAAAACUAGCUUUGUACCUGCUACACCGCGCUCAAACUGGGUGUAGCAUUUUCUUGCACCGGUGCCAAUCGGGUGUCAAAACAGAACAGUAGGGAAUCGCGCUACUUGGGCGGUGGCUUCUAUAUUCGUCUGUUUUCCACUAUAACUCAGUCAAUCUUGAACCAAUUGACACAAUUCUUGGAAUGCGGUCAGAUAGGUAUAGUAUCUACCCGUGUACAAAAUUUCAAGUCAAUCGGUUCAAAAUUGACCGAGUUACAGUGGAAAACAGACGAAAAUAACAGACGAAGAAAACCACCGCCCAAGUAGCGCGAUACCCUACCUGCGAAUAAACGAACGGUUUCGGUGCAAGUUUGCUACACCCGGUGGCAAAGCGGUGCAGGCGGUGCAAAUAAACGAAUUCGACAUAAAAAAAGUCAAAAAAGUCGAAACCGAUCAACUUUUUGUGGAUGCUGUCGUGAGUACCUGCGCGUUAUCCAUCAUGACCAAAGCUGCACUUGGAAGUUGGCGUGAUGGAUUUGCUGCACCUUCUUCGUUGUGGCGAUGUUGGGGUAAGCAUUUUAUAGAUGUGUGAGUGCUUUCGGACCAUGUUUAUGGUUUUUAUUUUGUUGAAACAAAUGAAAUUUUUGACAUUAUAUGAAAUGAUGGUAAUCGGUUGUUUUCAUCGAUAAACUCUAAUUGAAAACAAUUAAAUAUAACUUUGGAAUAAGUAAAUUCUCAGUUUGAAAAUCAACCAUGCGUUUUAUUGUUUUAAACAAGCGCCAUUUUUCUGCGUGUAUAUUUUAUAUUUAUAGUCUUCCAUAUCUUGCUGUCCUAGCAUACAUACAGUAACACUCCUAAAAGCUGAUUAAUCGAGGUUCAAUUUAUUUGGGGACCAACACAGGUCUGAGAUCUUGGUCUGCUGGCAUCACCAGAAUAAUUUGGGUCUAUGUAAUGCAUAAGUAUGUGUAGAACCUCGGGGUGUGAUGUAACACUGUUCUACUGUCAGCUAUGGUUUGGUUUUAAUGAAUGCUUAUCUGAGUAUCGCGGACUGACUCAAUAUGCUCUCUCUGCGGGAGCCAAACAUUGGGAGCCAAACAUUGAAGAUAGAGGUUAUGUUAAACCUUGUUGUACCUGUGUGCUUGAUUGAAGAGUAUUGUUAUCUAGGUGCUGCGGAUAUAAUCAAAACUGUAGUCACGAUAUCUCCAUUUGCCGCUGUCAAUCCGUUGGAAAGCGAGGAGAAGGAUAAACAUUGUUUUGAACCCUUUUCAGCUAAUUUUGUAAUAACUAUCCAUCAAAAUUUCCAUCGCGAAUGGAAAAUAAUAAACUUUGCACACGAAAACAAAACUGGAAUAAUGGUGGAUUGAUCAUGUUUACCAUUUCCGAACAGCGUCGCGACGGCAUGUUUGACAACUGCGCUGAGAGAGGUGUUUGCAAGAAAAUUGAACGCUCGUGCGUGUUUACAAGCUGUGUGCCGGGAGUGUGUUGGUGUGUGUUAGCUAGCUUGAAAAAUAAAACCGUUUCUAUUCGCAGCACCUAGAUGCUUAUGAGUUCUGAACGAAGGCGCUGUAGACUUGAUCCCUUGAAAAUCUCACAUUAUCAACAGGCUAUUGACUAAUGACUAUUUGGACGUGAUUUGUGUAUGAAAAGACAGACCUUUUAAGUAGUAAGAGUGAGAGUGGAGUGUGACAUGGUUUUUAUAGACACGAAUGAGAGAAUAACUGAUCGAUUUGACUGUGCAAUUAAUGCCAAAAUUUAAGAUUACGAAGGAUUGUAGAUAAGGCUGCGCAUUAGGAUAGACAAAGUGAUUUUGUAUUUUACAUCAUUGGGAGCCCAUGACAUGUUGUCUACCAAUGGGGAUAGCGCCAGUGCUGUAGGUGGCUACCAACAUAGGUGCUAUCGUAGCAAGGGUUGUUGUUUUCAUUUGGUAUUUGACGGGUCUCAAUUUGAUUAAACAUAUUACUUAAUAUUUCUUUGAAGAAGCAUAAGUACAGUUCUCAACAUAGACAGCAUUUUGUGCCAUGUUUUUUCCAAGAAAUUAUUCGCUAUUAAACAUGGACAUUCCUGGUGCCUCAGAUCGUAGAUGAAGAGUUCUUUUGAAAACAACAUAAACUUGACAUGAAUUAGGGUUCACAUGACUAAGGACAGAUAUAGCAACGGAAGGGAAAAUGCAAAAUUUGAUUAGAACUACUUAGACACAAUGUAAAAACUAGUGUUAAAACGGGCAACAUAGCCUAUUCCGUCUAAACAUUGGUCUAUGUAGAGAUGAAAUUUGAAUAACGGGUUCAGCCUUGACAAAUAAGCUGUCACGCAGCUCCAACUGAAAACCCAUAUUGUCGUCGCGGUUGAAACCCGAAGUUUCCCCACACUCAGAAAUAAAAGUAUACACCGAAUUACUAUUAUUUAUGCAUUUUGUAUCCGCAUCUCUCUCACUCCCUUUCUAUUUCCAUGCUAUCUGCCGUUUAGCCUGGGUUGAAGAGAAGUGUUUCGUCAACCCAGGCGAAGUGCACACCCGACAAUCGAAUUUUCUCAAAAUCCAUACGUGAAACCUAACGUCGGACGUAGUGCGCUGGACAGCGGACCUGACCCUCUAUCCAGCGCACUGUGCCCGACGUACGUCCGACACACGGUUUAGGAGAAAAAUCGAUUUUCGCGUGUCAAAAAUUCCGAUUUUCAACUGCACGAACAAUAAAAAAAUAUAUCUCAACAAUG